AUGCUUUCGCUCACCAAUAGCUUAAUUCCGACUAAGUAUGAAGUAGAAUUGACAAUUGAGCCAAGCAGAGCAAAUUUCCGGGGUUUUUUACGGGUGUUUUUGACCAAGAAUCGUAAUUCUGGCGUAAGCGAUGAGGUGACGGGGUUCUCGCUACACGGACAGGACCUGGUGGUCCUUUCUGCCAAGAUAGGUGACAAAAGUCUGACAGUAACCUGUAACCGCCAAGUAGGUGUGAUACAGUUCCAAGCUGAGACGGGCCCUCUAGCGAUUUCACAGCAGCUACAAAAAGAAGUAGUCGUGGAUAUUGAGUACGUGGGCAAAAUACAUUCCAUAAAGACGUUCCAAGACUUCACCAGGGGUAUCUUCAAGACCAAUUUCAUGGACCCCGAUACCGGAAACAGUGAUAACUACGUGGUGGCUACACAUGGGCAACCUGGGUUUGCGAAAAUGAUGGUGCCGUGCAUCGACGAAAUCAACCACAAGGCACAAUUUCAGCUUACAAUCAACACACUGGAGCGGUUUGUCGUAGUGUCCAACACGCCGAUGGUGUCGCAAUCAGCCCCCGGACCGCAAUCUACGCUAAAAAAAGUGCGCUUUGGCACUACUCCACUCAUGACACCGUCACUGUUUGGCUUCACCCUUGGAGAUCUGAAAUCCAUAGAAGCAGAAGUACCGCUACCUCAGGGACACCUACCGGUCCGCUUUUUCGCAGUACAAGACGUGGAGCUGGCUACAUUUGGCCUCGAUACGGUUUGCGAGUUUUUGCCAGCUCUCCAGGAAAUGUUCCAGGUGGAAUAUCCUCUCAAAAAACUGGAUUUUGCCUUGGUGCCUUUUUUGAGUGACAUGGCCAUGGAGAAUUUCGGCUUAGUGACAGUCCAGCAAGGGCAUCUACUGCUAGAGCCUUCCAUGUUGGCAGAUGCGACCACUCGCGGUCAAGUCCAACAGCUUGUUGUUCAUGAGCUAGUUCACCAGUGGAUGGGAAACCUUAUUUCUUUUGAUUCAUGGGAACAUUUGUGGUUCAACGAAGCGUUCGCUACUUGGUGUGCUUGUGAAAUUCUGAGCGUCACAACCGGCAAAGAUCAUUGGUCAUCGCAAGAGUAUUUGCAACAACUCAACUCUUCUUUGAAGCAAGAUGCCUCUAUUGAGUGUCAAAGCAUAGUGCAGUCUUCUCACAAAAGCACCAUUGUUCAAACGUCGGAUGCCGUCGAUCCACACAGCUAUACGAAGGGUAUCGCAAUCAUAAGGUCCUUGCAGCGCUGCAUUGGCCCUAAGAAAUUCAAAGAAGCUUUACAAAGUUUCAUGGGCCAAGUCGAGUUUCAUAAACGUGGAAUCAAACCUUCAGAAAUUUGGAAUUAUUUCGGGCAGCUGCUGAAGUCUGCAAAUAUAGCCAAUUUUAUGUUCUCUUGGACCCAAACUGCUAGUUUUCCAGUUUUGCAUGUCUCAGUUAAAGAUGGAGCAACUGUCUUGAAACAGCAUCGUUCCCAAGGUGGAGCAAAUGACGAUACGGAGGACGUUCCAUACCACUUGCCUCUAUUUGCUCGUUUGCCUGACGGUUCCAUGGAUGAGAAGCACGUUUUGAUGACAGACCGCUCGCUCACUUUGACCUAUCCGACGAUAGUCUUCAACUCAGAUGUCCAGGGCUAUUACAGAGUUUCCUAUGAAAGCGCAAAAUGCUAUGAUCGGCUAUGCGAUGGCCUUGUUAGUGGUGCGCUUUCCGAGCUUGAUCUGUAUGGCGUUUUCAGAGAUUUGGAGGGGUUUCUGGGAGACGAAACUUACCAAAAACGAGAACACAUUGAUGGCUUGUUACAAGUACUUCGCACAAUUGCAUCUCGUGUAGAACUUGAAAUGUUUCCCAAAUACUAUCACGGUCUAAGUUUGGGCUUAACUAUUCUGCAACAAUUCGAAGUAAGCAUAUUAAGGUUCGGUAGUGAUAAAAACGAUUUUGGAUUCGUGGCAUCUAUUAUAGGGCCACUAUUCCGCCAAUUCAAGUGGCCAAAUGAUUUUCAAAAUGGUAAAUACGAAUUUCAUCAGCUUCACACCAUGUCGCAAGUGCUCUCUGCCGGUAAGAGUCUUCCAGAAGUUCAGUCCGUUUGCGCCAAAUACUACAAAAUUGUACUACAGGGCCCCAAUAAUGCUUUGCCCUCAGAGAUUCUUGACAGUAUUUUCACAGUAAGCUCUUUUCAAAACUCGAGUUUAAAACAUUGGAAGAAACAUUAUGAAUUGGCCAAAUCCAGCCAGGGAAUUUCAAAUCACAUAUCCGGUCUCUCUGCAGGUGAAAUUCAGACUAUUGCACUUGAGACUGUAGGUUUUAGUACCUCGUUGGAACUAGUCCGAAAAGUGCUCAAUUACGUGUUAACCAACUUCGACGUCGACGGUAGCGAACGAGCUCUAUUUGGCCUAUCCUAUAAUGCAAAGUAUUCUUAUGGAGCGGAGCAAAUACGAGACGUGGUUUGGGAGUGGUUUACAUUACAUUUUGACAAAUGGGCUCAAAAGUCUGUUUUAGACGACAGUCGCAAUACCCAAAGGUUGAGAAAUACCUUGAUGGCGAUUUCAGUAGUUGUGUUUGAGAUGUGGCAGGACGCACCUGAGAAGAUUGACAUCUUUACAAUUGCAAAGCAAGCUAAAUUCGGCAAAGGCUUGAGGAUUGCUGAAAUAUGGGCCUCUGUUAAGCGCAGCAAUGUGCCUAAAAUGAUCAUUUACCAAGGCCUUUUAGGCUUUUGA